AUGACUCCAGUCAGAGCCCCCAGGGCAAAGUAUACGCUAGUUGGAGAAGCUAUACGUCAUGUCAUCCCUGCAGGUUUGCAAUGCUCAAUUGGCUGUGGAGGACAAUCCUGCAAGUAUGACAACCCAAGUUACUGGAAAGAUGACCAACAGGCCAUUAAAGGCCUCUACUCAUCAUGGGUUAGUGAUUAUCUUCUUGCUAUGUCCAGACCGUCAACAGAAACUAUUGAGAAAUACAAAAUCAUUGAUCAAUUCAAAAGGAAUGGUAUUAAAACAGUGAUGAACCUACAGAUACCUGGUGAACAUGCCAGCUGCGGAAAUCCUCUAGAGCCGGAGAGCGGCUUUUCCUACCGCCCAGAGAUCUUCAUGGCAAACGACAUUUAUUUCUACAAUUUUGGCUGGAAUGACUACGGAGUGGCCAACCUCACCCACAUGCUAGACAUGGUGAAGGUCAUGGCCUUCGCUCUACAGGAAGGAAAGAUAGCUGUCCACUGUCACGCUGGUCUCGGACGAACAGGUGUGCUUUUAGCAUGUUUCUUGGCCUAUGCUACCAGGAUGACUGCCAACCAGGCUAUUCUAUAUGUACGUGCUAAACGCCCCAGUUCCAUCCAGACACGAGGUCAGCUGCAUUGUGUCAGAGAGUUUGUUCAAUUCCUUGCACCUUUGCGGAGUGUCUUUUCCUGUGCUGAGCCCCGAUCUAACUCAGUGACUCUAUCCCAGUACCUAAACCGCCAGAGACACAUACUACAUGGCUAUGAAAGAAAGGAGCUAAGGAAUCUACCAAAGAUUGUCCAGCUGGUGUCUAGGCUGCUGCUGGACAUUGCAGAGAAUCGGCAGGUGAUUGAGGAAGACAUUCUGGAGGCCCCAGAUAUUCAUGACUUAGAGAUGACUCUCAGCAUUAUUGAGCAGAUGGGUCCUGAUGUGUUCGCAAAGGAGCCCCGCUUACCAGGUACACCAACCUUACCCAGACAUUUCAACGAGCCACCCAUCUUUUACCAUCGCAAAAGUCUUAGCUACAGUGAGUCCGAUUUGAGACGACUGGGCCCCCAGCUCAACCUCCCCACACAACCACUCGGCUCCUUGUCACAGACUACUAUCGAUACGUCUGUUUACCCCUCGGAGAAAGCUCACUCUCAAACUGAGAUUCAGCGUUGGAACAGCAACCCCUCUGAGGUCUCAGCAGGCUCACUGUGGCAAUUAAAAAAUGAAGAAACCCAAAAAGAUGGAUCCAUUCUGCUGAGAAAAGUGACCCAGGCAAACAUCCAACGGAGUGAGUCUGUGGGGAACAGUGAACCUACCAAGAAGGGCAGCAUGCUGGCUAGGUGGAAGGCAGAGCAGAGGGAAGAGUUAAAAAUGAACGGGACGAAGCCUAAUGUAAGACAAGAGGAACACUCAGAGGUUCCAUACAUCACCCUGCAGACAGAGUUGUCCCUGGAAAGCAAGAGGCUGUUAGUGGCACAGGCCCUGGCAGUGGACCUUUUUCUCGAUGGGGAUGAAGAGCACAGGAGCAAAGUCUUAGCGUGGCAGGCAGAACUAAACCAAGGUGGUGGCUGGGAAAGACUGUGCUCCGAGCGGGAUCCCUUUAUCCUUACUGGGCUCAUGUGGUCAUGGCUGGAGCAGCUUAAAGAGCCUGUCAUCUGCAUCCAGACAGCCAAAGCCCUGAACCCUUACAGCACUGAUUCUCAAACCAUCCUCAACACACUCGACCAGGCCACCAAAGAAACAUUAAUGUGCAUACUAGACUGCAUGGCUCAAAUGUUGACCAUACCACAAGAUGUUGAAGAUGCAUUCCUGAAUCGUACUAUCAAAGCAUUCACCUGGUUGGAAAGUGACUCAGAAGACGGAAGAAAAGUGUACGCGUCCAUGACUACUGUCCUACGUUGUGUCCUUGGGGACUUGCGGUGCUUCGCUACCCUGUGA